UUCAGUGAAGUUGUAGAUUCCGUAAGUGGAUUUGGGAGUUUGUUUUGAUUGUCAGUCUGUACGUGCACAGAAGCUGAUUACGAAAAUGUACGGUUUUAUCUAUUUAAAAGACCUUUGAAAGCGUGUUAAUUAUAAUGGCGAAAAGAAGUGUUGAAGUCCAAGUUUUAGAUAGUGAUUUCUCUCUUUUAUUACGUGAAUCAGUGACGUAUGAAUUUAAAAUGGAAACAAGAUCUAAAUACAGAUUUAGAAAUUUUGUCAUGUUUUGCAUGUUACUUGCCCUGACGGGUAUUAUUUAUUUUGGUUAUUUUUGCUCUGACCAAGUCUGUGCCCUUACCCCUCAAAGACCUGUUUGGUCUGAAUUAUCUUUGAAAUUUCCAGUCCAAGAUAAUUUAGGAAAGCCACUGAGCUUACAUUCAAGCCCUUAUAAUUCCAAAUCUUCCAAUCCAGGUUUUAGUUAUGAUGAUGUACUUAAUGAAAAUUUUCUGUUUGAUAUGAAUGGACAUGAUGUUAUGGUAUUUUUGCAUAUCCAAAAAACUGGAGGAACGUCGUUUGGAAAGCAUUUGGUUCAAGAUUUGGACUUACAGAGGCCAUGUACCUGCCAACGGAAAAAGAAAAGGUGUUACUGUUUCCGUCCCAACAGAAAUGAAAAUUGGUUGUUUAGUAGAUACUCAACUGGAUGGAAAUGCGGACUUCAUGCAGAUUGGACUGAGUUAACAAGUUGUGUUGAUACAGAAUUUGAUAAAAAUGAGGGUGACUCUGUGAAAAGGAGGUAUUUCUAUAUAACAUUAUUGAGGGAACCAAUUUCAAGGUACUUAUCUGAAUUUCGACAUGUUCUGAGAGGUGCAACUUGGAAACAUUCUCGUCAUUGGUGUGGUGGUAGGGAGGCUUCUCCUGUAGAGCUUCCUUUAUGUUAUUCUGGAGAAUCUUGGGAAGGUGUUACGUUGGACGAAUUCAUAGCUUGUCCAACAAAUCUUGCUCACAACAGACAAACUAGAAUGCUGGCAGAUUUGGCUUUAGUUGGCUGCUAUAAUAUUUCUUACAUGUCCCUGCUUGAGAGAAAUCGGGUUAUGUUGGCCAGUGCUAAAAGAAAUUUAGCAGCCAUGGCAUUUUUUGCACUAACUGAAUAUCAAAAGAUUGGUCAAUAUGUAUUUGAAGAAACGUUUAACUUGCGAUUUGCUAUACCCUUUGAGCAACACAAUGCAACACUUUCAAGUUCUACGCUUUCUACUUUAAAGCCACAUCAGUUACAAAAGAUAAAAGAAUUAAAUUCCCUUGACAUUGAAUUGUAUGAGUUUGCUCAAAAUCUUAUGUACAAGAGAUUCAAUAAAUUAAAAUCUAGAGAUCCAAUGUUUGAAGAAAGAUUUGCGAAUCUCGGAAGACUUCCUGGCAGAACUGAAUUUAACUGGGACCAAGCUCUCGACGAGUCAAAAGAGACUACACUUGAAGCUAAUACUUGAAUUACCUUUUUAUAUGAUAUUGUUGAUGACAUACCUUUGUGGGUAACCUGCCUGCCUUUUCGAGGUAACCAGAUUUUUCUGUUGUUUCAAAUUGUUCCAUUAUUCAGUUUAUUUUACCAUAGGUUAAUUAACAAGUAUAUUUAUAUUUUUCUUUGUAUUCCUCUACAAAUGUUGUUUUCGUAUUUUUGCAAAUUUCUUUCAGGAAUAACAUAUUGUGCUUAUUUAUUGGUUUCUUGAAUAAUAAUCAUGAUCACUACCUCGAAAACAAUUCAGUCAAGCAUUUAUAUUAUUAUAUUUCAGUUGGUAAUUUUUUAAUGAAGCUGUCAUCAUCUUAAAUACUUUUUAAGAUGGUUAAUGGUUAAAAUUGUUUGCCAUACAUUUUUAAAAUUGGAGAAUGACUUGUCAAUAAUAAAUUUUUGACCAUUGUGGUUAAAAUUAAUGGGAUUGAACUUGUUAACAUUGUUACAGUUGUUUUAUCAUAAUAUCCCGGUAUUAUACAUAAGUACUAUGUUGAAAAUCAAUAAGUAAUCUCGAUUCACUAUUUUUGAAGUACUCGACAAUAAAAAACAAAAUAUAAUAAAACUGAACUAAAGAUCAACGUCUUAUUAAGGGCUGAAGUAUUUUCAGUCUUGCUUUGAUCUAUUAAUAACCUUCAAUUACUUAUAGUUUUUGUAUUUUUUAUUCUAAUUUGUACUUUAUGAAAUAUAUUUUUUGUUUCUUAUUGACACGUCAAUUAUUCAAUCAAGUAUUCAUGUUUCGUUAUUUUUAUAAUGCAGUGAAAACCUUUAUCAUAAAGUGUAGCUAUAAAAAAAUCCAUUAAUGAUUUUUAUUGAAUUUUUAAUUAUUCAAAUUUCAAUUUGAUCAGACCGAUUAAAAGGUAAAAAAUAAAGGUUUUAAUAAGUUACAUCUGACAAAUUUAGUUUUUAAAACUAAGAUAAUGAAUAUGCAAACUUAGCAAGAUGAGAUUGAGUCAAUAUUUGCCUAUAAAUUUACGUUUCAAGGCAAAGAUAAUAAACAAUUAUGCUUACCUAAGUAAGAAUAGGUGAGCAUUUGCCUAUCUAUUAACCAACUAAGACUGAUGUUGCUUUGGUUAUAAGGCCUAAUCUGUGGAGAGAUUCAGUGGUGGUUAAACCGUUCAAUGGCAAAGCUGCGGGAACGACCACCCUGGAAAACACAAGCCCAAUGCAUUUGUUGCCUUAGUGGCACCAAAUGGUUUAAUAAAACUAAUUCAAUUCAAUUAAUAAAGAUACUAAUAUAUUUUUCAUUUAUAUUUAUAACCAUGUAAUAUAAUAAUUAUAGUCCAUUUAAUUUUUAUUAUUAGUCUUAAAUAAAUGAUUUUUCAUUAUUAUAAUUGAGAAACAUAAAUAAAAAGCUUAUAAUUGUUUUAUCAAAAC